AUGUAUAUUCAGCCGCAGCCCGUCGCAAAUUACUCCUUCCCGUGCGCUCCCGCCUCUGCGCCAUCCGCGUCCGACACCGUCUACCACCACACUGUUCCCCUCACGCACCUCACUCUCAUCUCUCCAAUCUCCCCAAUUUCGCACGCCGCUAGUGACAGCGCCCCAGCCCCGCCGCUCCCAGAGUCCGAGACGGGAUCGCCAACCUCCUCGCGGCCGGAUGUUCCGUCGGGUCCCGCUCCUGACAGCCCUAGUACGGCGGCGCCGGCGCCGGUGACCGCAGAGCAGAGUCCGCUCGAGUACUACGGCAACGCGACGCAGGUCAUGUUCCCUACUCCCAGCGAGCUCCUCUCGGAGCUCAGCGCGCGCGACGUCGCCGGAACAGCUGGGGAAUCCAGUCGGAAGACGUCGGUCUCGGGCCCCUCGUCGCCAUCGGAGGCCAAGAUGCCCUCAGUUCCCGUGAAACCGAGAAAAGGCAAGAAUGACGGUGACGCUGCCGUCCCUCAGUCGAAGCCUCCGCCAGAGACGCUGCGCAAGGCAUACUUCCGCCGCGUCGCCGAGGCUGUCGGCUUCCCUCCCACGGAUCCGGACACGAUCACGUCCCAUGACAAGAAAAGGAGCUACCUCGAGUGUCUCGAGCAAUAUGCCCAGUGGCUGCACGAGCAGAUACGCCUCGUUGGACACGAGCCAUUACCUCUCGAACGUGUUCAGCAAUAUAGAGGUCCUAGCAGCCGUUCUAUCCGGACGCUGCUCGUACACAUGCAAGACGAGGUCCGCGAAUUGCACCAACAGACGUUGGAAGACGAGCGCGAGUAUGUGAAUUUGCAAACGCAGGUGCAGAUGCAGCAUGCUUCAGCCGCGGCGCAUCAGCUGCGCCGACACUCCGUUGCUGCCUGCGGGUUCCCCGACGCGUCAAUGUCGUCUGCGCCGUUCCUCCAGCCGUAUCCCAUCCACUCUGGCUCUGCAACUCAGGCUCAUCAUGUACAAGGACCAUACCAACAUUAUUGA